GUUCGUAUCGUUUAACCACCAGCAACAUCGUACUAUACAGCAGCAACAUGUCGUCCAGUGAGAUCUAUCGCUACUACUACAAGACGUCGGAGGACUUGCAGGGCUUCAAGACAGCCGCCACCGAGUCUCACUUCAAUCCCAUGGCCGCCUAUAAUCCCGGCGUAACCCAUUAUCAAUUCAAUGGCAACACCUUGGCCAGCAGCAGCAACUAUUUGUCGACCAAUGGGUUCAUCAGUUUCGAGCAGGCCAGUUCCGAUGGCUGGAUCUCCUCCUCGCCGGCCAGCCACCGUUCCGAGAGUCCCGAGUAUGUGGAUCUCAAUACCAUGUACAACAACGGCGGCUGCAACAUGACCCAGAACCAGCAAUAUGGAAUGGUAAUGGAACAGGCUGUAGUUCCAGCCGCUCCUGCUAUUCCAGUUGCUUCUCCUCCGGCAGUUGAGAUCAUGGGCUCCUCCAACGUAGGCACUUGCAAAACCGUGCCAGCACCUGCAGCUCCAAAAACCAAGCGCACCUAUACCAAGAAGAAUCAACCGACUACCACUGGCACUUCCUCAUCGAUCUCAACUCAGGAACCAGCUGCUCCAGUAAAUCUGUACACAGAGGAGUUCCAGAACUUUGACUUUGACAACUCCGCCUUGUUUGAUGACAGUGUGGAAGAUGACGAGGACCUCAUGCUCUUCAGUGGCGGCGAGGACUUCGAGGGCAAUGACGGUUCCUUCGAUUUGGCUGAUGGUGAGAAUCAGGAUGCCGCUGCCGGAGGUUCUGGAAAGAAGAGGCGUGGCAAGCAGAUUACGCCCGUGGUGAAGAGGAAGCGCCGUCUGGCCGCCAAUGCCCGUGAACGCCGCCGGAUGCAGAAUCUUAACCAGGCCUUCGAUCGUCUCCGUCAGUAUCUUCCCUGCCUGGGAAACGAUCGCCAGUUAUCUAAGCACGAGACCCUUCAGAUGGCCCAGACCUACAUCUCCGCCUUGGGAGAUCUUCUGCGCUAGAAUCCCGAUCCUAAGUACUAUUCUCAGUUAUUGUUGGAGCUUGCCAAAUGUUGUACCUACCAUGUAUAUAUAUAGCCAGGAGCCCAGUAGUGAAUUACCGCUUAAGUAUUAUGCUGUUUAUUGUUUAGUUAAUUAGCUUAAAUGGAAGACAAUGAUUAG